AUGACAGUGAUCCGUAGUCCUGACAAUAAAAGUGAUAAUGGUCAAGUAAUCGCCUUAAAUGACAUGUGGAAUGAUUUUGAAACGAAACAACGUGGUUUCUUACGUAUGGAAAUGGAAAAAGCAGUAACUAAAACUAUAAACAAACAGAGCGAAAUGUUUGAAGCUCUUCGUUCGAAAAUUGAGACACGUCAUUGUAAUGCGUUAAAGGAGCUUCGUGAUGACAUUUUACGUCCAGAACCUUCAUUACUUGAGACUUUCAUGAGUCGGACAUUGGACGUGCAAAAGAAUACGGGUCUUGUGAGCUGGAUUAAUGAUGACAAGAAGAAGAAGCUCGUACAAAUGUACGUCCCAAAGCUACGAAAUUAUCUUGAAUCGGGUCACGCUAAUGCGUUCCGUAGUGAGUUUGAAGCUUUAUUGGUCGUGUAUAUGGAGUGUCUUGAGAUUCCAAUGAAAAGUGGCUCACGAUUAAGUAAUCGUAUUGAAGAUCUGCAUCAAGGACUUUUGAACAAAGCAGGCUCGAAUGGUGAUUUGAUUAAUCUUGUACACCGUGUCCGCUGGGCAUGCUUUGGGGUACGAGCAAUUUGUAAUGUGCGUUCACAUGAGACGAAUGUACUAUCGGAGAAUGAAAUUCUAGAGCUCUGUGCAUGCUUUAGUGCUAUUGGAGCGGCAAUGCCAACACUUGUGCUUGAGUUUCAAGUAUGCCAGCAGCCGUCCGUAACUGCAUCAUCAUCUUCAUCAAGUGCUAUGAGUUCACCUACAAACUCUAAUUUGGAAAUGGGUUUGGCCAUGUUGGCACAGCUACGUCAAUCACCAGACGACAAGAAUGACCAAACGUCCUUUGAUUAUAUGUUUCAACUUAUGACUAAUAACGGAUCUACUGCCAGCACGACUAGGCUUGAGGAAUCACAAAUGAAUCAACCGUCGUCGCUGCCAUUAGGAUUCCACGAUGACGGCUUUAGUUUAUCUUCUCAAGAUUCCUUACAAUCGAGAUCGCCCGAUUGGAACGAUUUGAACUUGACCAGUUUGAGUCUAAACGGUUUAUCCUUGAACAACUCCACUGUGAACAGCUCGACAUUCAACAGCUUGAGUUUCGACAAAAAUGACAGCGCGGGAAUCCAGACGCCGUCUUUAUCGCGUUUAGGCUCGAUUGGCAGCAUCAGCAGCAUCGGCAGCAACUUUAGUCAACAACCAUCUUUUCCUCUUGGAUACGAUGAUAAUUCUAGUGGAUUCUGGUCGCAACCGCCACUUCCGCGUAGCUCUGGAAGUCCAUAUAGAAUUUCAACGCAGCCACCUAAGUAUGAAAGCUUGCAGACAAGACCGCCGUAUUUGCUGAGAGCUACAAGCCCGAUGAGAAGUUCCCUACAAUCGAUAGUACAAUCUAGCGCCGAAAGUCCACUGAAGAAAUCGCCGCAAUCUUCAGCAGCCUCUGGUAUGAAGCAGUCGGACGUACCAACUCAGGCUCAAUUGACGCUUGUCAAGUCACUCAGGUUUUACCACGAUCGACCGAGUGAGUUGCCUAGAGAAUGUGAUCGUGUCCGCAUGGCCAUGUUUGCACGUAUGCUUAAUCAUAUGAAUGCAUUACCAAAGGCGACGUUGUGUCCCCUUCAGCAGGACCAUGACCCGACCUGCCCGCUCUCGCAUUCGUACUUGGAGGUCAUGUCGUACAACCCAUUGUACAAGCGCUUGGUAUGCCGUCAGCCGUCUCACUACUGGGGCAGCCGAAUCCAGGAGGACGACAGCUGCGUGUGCUUGCACGUAGACACUGGGCUCACGUGGGAGUGGAUGGACGAAGUCCAUCAUAAGCGCAUGCAUUGUCCUCGUGGUGAUAAAUGCAUCAAUACCAAGUGUUUCAAGUCGCACUCGUUUGAAGAAAUGUGCUGGUACAACCCGUCAUACAAGAUUAAGCGCUGUACCGUGCACGCUCACGAUCACAUCACACGCGCUCGUGGAAUGAUCGUGCCACCGCUCGACUGUGGCUACUACCACAUUGAAGAAGGCAAGAACGCUGACAAGCGUGAGUUGACGAUCGAAUCUGAUCACGUUGGCAAAGAUAUUAAGAUGCUCUUUACCGAGCGCACGCACAAGCCUCUGGCUGAUCUUCUCGAAGCUCUUCGUUACGUGCGCGUCAACAACCUCUGA